ACCCCCCCUCCACGGAACAGGGCCCUCACCUCUGCCCGUCACUCAGCGGAGGGGCCGCCCCCGGCGGAGGCUCCGCACCGAGAUGGCGGCCGAGAUCCACGCCAGGCCGCAGAGCAGCCGGCCCGUCCUGCUCAGCAAGGUCGAGGGGCACCAGGACGCGGUGAGCGCCGCCCUCCUCAUCCCCAAGGAGGACGGGCUCAUCACAGCCAGCGAGGACAGGUUGAGCAUUUUAUGCAGUGGAAUGGACUACAAAAGGAAGGGAUUGAUCCACCAUCACUGCUACUGUUUGAUACCAGGAACAAUUCGAGUAUGGCUGAAAAGGGACAGUGGCCAGUACUGGCCCAGCAUUUACCACACAAUGUCAUCUCCUUGUUCAGCUAUGGCUUAUCAUCAUGACAGCAGAAGAAUAUUUGUAGGCCAGGAUAAUGGUGCCAUUAUGGAAUUCCAUAUCUCAGAAGACUUUAAUAAGAUGAACUUUGUCAAGACGUACCCAGCUCAUCAGAAUCGGGUGUCGGCUGUCAUUUUCUGCCUGGGAGCAGAGUGGGUUAUCAGUACUGGCCAUGACAAGUGUGUCAGCUGGAUGUGCACCAGGAGUGGGAAUAUGCUGGGAAGACAUUACUUCACUUCUUGGGCUUCAUGUUUACAAUAUGACAUUGAAACCCAGCAUGCCUUUGUUGGGGACUACUCCGGACAAAUCACGCUGCUGAAGCUUGAACAGAACACAUGCACGGUUAUCACAACGCUCAAAGGGCAUGAAGGAAGUGUUGCUUCCCUGUGGUGGGAUCCUGUUCAACGGCUACUCUUCUCUGGAGCAUCUGAUCACAGCAUUAUUCUGUGGGAUAUUGGUGGAAGGAAAGGCCGAACACUGCUGCUUCAGGGCCAUCAUGACAAGGUGCAGGCCAUUUGUUACAUUCAGCUGACGCGGCAACUGGUCUCAUGUUCAGCUGAUGGAGGAAUUGCUGUUUGGAAUAUGGAUAUCAGCAGAGAAGAGGCUCCUCAGUGGUUAGAAAGUGAUUCUUGCCAGAAAUGUGAACAGCCUUUCUUCUGGAAUAUAAAGCAGAUGUGGGACACAAAGACACUAGGGUUGAGACAGCAUCACUGCAGGAAAUGUGGUCAAGCAGUGUGUGGCAAGUGCAGCACUAAGCGGUCCAGCUAUCCAAUCAUGGGCUUUGAGUUCCAGGUCCGUGUCUGUGACUCUUGCUUUGAGUCAAUCAAAGAUGAAGAUCGUACUUCCCUGGCAACCUUUCAUGAAGGAAAACACAACAUUUCCCACAUGUCUAUGGACAUUUCUAGGGGACUAAUGGUGACCUGUGGGAGUGAUCGGAUUGUGAAGAUAUGGGACAUGACGCCAGUAGUUGGUUGCAGCCUUGCAACCGGCUUCUCCUCACGCUGACCUAGGACCUGACAGGUUCAUGCACCUUAUGUACAGCAACAUGCACCGAAUGAAUGAAAUCCCUCCUAAGAAUAUCGUCACAAAAGCACUGAUUGCUGGAUCCUUUUUCUCUUGCUCUUCCAGGAGAGAGAGUUGCCUUUGUAGAGCAAAACUCUUCUAUAGGCUUCAAUGAGAAUCACCUUGAUGCAAAAAUGCAAUUUCCCAGCCUGUUGAUGUAACAUAAAAUGGCUUACCUGCAACAUGACACUGCGAUAAAAGGAUCUGUCAUAACUUGGUUUACAUGUAGUGUUAACAAUGUGCUUUCUCUGCUGAAAUAUCUUGUACAGUAGCUAAAGGAUUAUCAGAGCAAAAUGAGUUUAGUUUUUUCAGAUUUGUGCAAAUAGUAAAUACUGUCCCUUCCAGUAAGCAGUCCCCCGUUGAGCUCUUUGCCUCGGUGCAGCUGUUUAGACUGCCUCCAAAAGGAGUAUUGGUUAUAACUUUGGAAGAAGGAAAGACUUAUUUUUUUAAGCAAUGUUUGAAUAAAGGGGCAGGCGUUCCCUCUGUCUUGGGGUAGCAGUAAGAGUAAAUGCUUGACAUAAGAGAUCCUGAUCUACUGACUUUCUUGGAGUGUCGUCUGCAAAUUCAGUUAUUGGUAAAACUACAUUAAAGUAAUCUGUUGUGUUCAAAUAGCUUCUGAGUGUCUGUAAAUAAUCCCAGUCUUUUAGACAUGCUGAAGCUGUAUUUAUUCCCUCUUCUUGGCUAACGUAUAACAGUGAACUUUUGUAGCUGUUAUUUAGUAGAUAAGCUGCACAUUCUCAGUAGUGAAGGCAGCCCACGAUAUGUCACAAAUCUCACAUGCUCAUACAGUAUGUUUACAGCUGUUAAAAUGGGGGGCUAUGCAAGCCUGGCUAUAAUCGCUAAAAUAAAAAGCCCCUCCUACAUAACUUCAAUGAACUAAAUUUUUAUAUGGAAAAGCUUAGUUCUCCAUUUACCAUGAAGAAACUAUAUAUAGCUAUAGCAUUAGCUUAAUUACCACCUUGUCUUUCUUUGAAGAAAAAUUAAUGUUAAACAUUUCUAAAAUUCUCUUCUGAAGCAAUAACUAUGAAGAUACAGAAUAUUUCUUGAAUAGUUUGCCUGAGUUCAGAUGAGGGCUGUUAAUCUUAAAUGCUAUGUGCAGUGGUGGUCCUUGCCAUUAUAAACUGAGUGAGGUCUGACGUUUUCGUGGAUUGCACGAUUCCAGCUGGCAUUUACAGUGAACUUUUAGGGAAAUAUUGCCAUGUACAUUGGUCUGUCAAGUGUAUGAAUUAUCUACGUUCCAUAAAUAUUAGGAUAUAUGUAAUUCCAUAAGGUUGUCACACAAGAGCUUAUUAAACAGUUUUUGAAAAUGAAAUUCAUUUAACUUUAUCAUGAUGUACCAUGGAGUCGCAAAGGAGAUGGGAGUUCAUUGGAUUUUCAUAAAAACUGAUGUUAUAGUGUAUUAUGUAGUGCGGGAAGAAGUAUGUGCAGGUCAGCUCUUUUUGCCACCAUUGGAGGUGAUAUGUUCAUUCUUGCAGAAAAAUUGAUGAGGUAUUGGAAAGAACUGCCAUGAUAGCCUUAUAGCAACACCCAAGUGGUGCUGUUGACACUGCUGAAUUAAAAUCAUUGUCAUAUACUUUUGAUAUGCAUUUAUAGCCUGCUCUAGCUAGUGUAUGCUAAUAUCAUGGGAUAGUAAUGUCAUGAUCUUACUCAGUUUGCAUUUCAAAAACAAUAAGAUGGUAGAUUCCAUGCCACUAAAUACCAUCUCUGGUAUAUUCUUGAUUCACAUAUUUUGGAACUGGCUUUAUGACUAACCACUCUCCAGAAAUAUUUUGCUAAAGGAUAUUUUUUUAGCUUGAUACUUCCUAAUUCUUCACACUUCUCAUAGCUUCCCUCAGAAACUGGCAUCACGCUAGUGUUUGUUUUAUCCUCUCAAAUUUGAAAUCUGAAUGAGUAAAUGCUAAUUUAGAGCUUUUGGCAAGUCUGUAUUAGGAAAAGAAAUACAUUUGUUCAAUGAUCUGAAACUGUAUUGAAAAGAAUAUGUUGAAUGUUUUACAUUUGAAGAGUUACAUUAAUUAGUUCCAUUCCUUGCUACAUGAUGGAAGGUUUUAGCGUGAAAACAGAAGUCUUUCCAAAACUAUCAUAUGAAAUAUCAUUUGUGCCAGAAAGGACCUGAAGUUAGGUAAUGAGCUAAUGUAAAUCAGGGAGGAAAUGGACAUUUAGGAGAGAGGAAUGAAAACAAUGGAAGAGAAAACGAGAAGUUUUUUUCCCACACACAACUCUUUUGUUCCUAUCACAUGGUUUAAUAGUAAACAUUAACAAUAAGAGAUCUGUGAAAACCUUCUCCAUGGGUCCUUCUACCCAAUAAAAUCAAGAUGGGUUAUAUAUUUACAAUCCUUUUAAUCAAUACCUUAUUUAGAUUACAUUGCAGCAAAAGUAAAACUUGGGGAGGUUUGGAGCCACAUUGUAAGUUAUGUGCCUCAAAGAUUUGGGGGUAGGGAUGCACACCACCUAUUAACAUGAACAGGAGCUAUGCACCUGCCUUGGGAAAUUAAGCUAUUUAGAUUUGAUAAUGAAUUGUAUGAUUAAAUGCUAGUUGAUUUAAUUUCAUUCUGUCCCCUAUGUCAGUCUGUGCUACUGGGAUAACCUUUUUCCAGCAAAUAAAAGAGCUAGAACCCACUAGCAUCAGCUUCUUUUGAUAUUCUCUUGCAAAACAAAUUGGCAGUUUGGCUAUCUAGCACCACUCCCAUAUUUAGCAUUUAACUUUUCCCUUUCCUGUGAAUAAUUCACCCAUCCGUGGCAAUUACAUUAAGGUUUUACCACUAGAUAAUCUAUAAUCUGCUACAUAGCUUUUAAAUUUAACAAAUAUAUUUUCUAUAACAAAUAUAUGAAAUUAACAUAGUUAUAGCAUCACUUAGAUAUAACAAGGUGAUUAUGGCUGGCAAAACAUCAGUUGGUCACAAAAAUAAAUCUUGAGAUUUAACAAACCAGUCAUGCACUGAAGGAUAUAUUGCUUGUGUAAAAAAAACAAAACAUAUUUUUGAAGAAAAACACUGUUUUGUGCAAUUUAAAAUACAACUGUUCUAAUGAGUUCAAAUGUGCAAUUGCUUAGGAGACUUUUGAAGCAUUACCAGUUUCUUUUGUAUGGCCUUUUUUCAUUGGAGGAGCAAAGGGUACCAUUAAUGUAUUUUAAGUCCCUUCCAGCUGUGUUUCUACAAAGUACUGUACCCCAUAUAGUUCAGAGAUGCUAGAUAAAUCUUGCUCCUGCUUCUGAUUUUUUAACUUUGAAUACACGUAUAAUAAAAUUUCUUGAUAGUCAUUUAAUUUAUUCUGAUGACCUAUCUUCAAUUGGUCUUCAUUGUUGCAGGAAAUAUUUGUAAAUAAACUACAUACAAUGUACUUGUGAACGGGUGGAUUAAAGCAGGAUCCAGGCUUUUGGCUGGAAGGUGUCCUUUAGACCCACAGUUGGAAUCAGAUGGUUUGUAAAGGUGCCCCAUACCCAGAGACUAGCGCACAUUGGCAGGAUGGAGCCCAUAGCACCACUGAGCAGCUGCUGAUUAGCUCUAGCCUUGCUGGCCAGGAGCAGCCGCACUGCAGAGUGAAGCAUUUUGAGGAGAAGGCAGACUUCUCCCUCCCCACCCGCUCACUUCUAUUGUCCAGUUAUGCCAGAAGAGGACAUCUCCUUGUCCCUAAUGGAGUUGCUUCUCCCCCAUCAUGCCAUGCUGGGAGAUCUUGCCUAUUGACUAGCUUAUUGUCAAGAAAAGAGCCUUUCCAAAGGUUGGAGGGAAGGCUCAAAUCCUGUACAUCUCUCGGGUCAAGAAUAUGGGGGAGGGGAGAGCACUGCACUUCCAUUAUCAUGUAAAAUAAUUGGAAAUCUAUUUGUAAGCAGUGUCAAAACUGUCAGAUUUUAGACUCUCUUCAUUUGAAAUGCAUAGAACAGUGGUCAGCCUCUUCCAUAGCAGGAUUCCCCUUGCUUCUAGCAAUAUGGACCCAUAGCAAUAUGGGUCACAUUAUUUCAUGACCCCACAUUGAGAAUUCUCUCCCAACAGCUUUUCAGAAUGGGUAGUGUUAAGGCUUGAGGCUUCUUUUCUAGUUAAAAUGUAGCUGAGCUCUCUACUCUGUUGGUAUUCAGUGCAUAAGAUGCAAUCAGACUAAGCCUAAGACUCUAAAUUUUUAUUUUAUACUGUAUUGUUCUUCCUGUUGGUUCUGAGAAGAAUCUUAACCAUGCAGUAUAGUACCUCUAAUGUUUCAUCAAUAAGACUAUUAAAUAAAAUGACCAGUUUAGCUUAUGAUUUCUAUUACUUUCUCCCCACCCCUUCCGAGAACAAUAUUGAUAGGUCCUGCAGCAGCUCUGGGCUGUAUGUAAAAAUGUCUUUGCUCUUUUUCAGCUCAAUAAGGGAAAAAAUUGGCUGAGAACAUAAGGUCAGCUCCCACCUUGACCUUCCUGUAAAUUAAGUUUUAGCUAACAUGAUCUUAUUUCUGUGUGUCUUGUUUGUAAAUGUGAUCAUACUUUUUAUAGUACCUUGAUCGGGCACUUCAGUGCUAGGCUUUCAGGUUCCACCCUCACCAUAUAUUAUUGCAAAACAUAGUUAGUACUUUAGUGUGUGAAAUAAACCAUCAGGCAUAGCUUUAAAAAAAAAUGCACAAGCUUAGAAUACCAACACUCACCUCAAACAAGAUCCUGAGUUACAGCAACUUUCCCCUAGUGCACUAGAUGGGUUAUGUUCUGUCAUAUCCACUACCAACCAAUCUUAAAAUUUUUUGAAGAACUCUUUUCUAUUUUUACGAGUUGGCCUAAAAAAAAUAAAUAAAAGGGGUAGAUUCCGACUGGCUUAGUUAAUCCUGAGAAGUAAUUUUCAUGUAUCUGAACUCUACAGAAACCAGCAAAUCACUUCCAACCUAUUCUAAUGACUAUAGUAGCACUGCCCUGAAAACAAUGAUGAGAUGUCUGCUCUUCUAUUAAGUCUGUCCUCUGAGGCUUUCUCCUACAUGUGUUAGGAGAAUAUCACCUGCAACAAUCAAUCACAGUGAGCCCUUCAUAGGACCUGUACUGAAGGUGGCUUUAUAACUGCACAUAUACUAGCAGUUCAGCUGAUUGGCAGGGGGAUGCCCAAAAGUGGUUUGGCAUAGGCUGACCCCUACCAGGGCCUGUGUGUGCAAACUCAAAUUUUCAUUCCAGUUCAUCUGCAAGUAUCUGCUUGAAAAGUGUGUGCACUGGUAUCUACACAAAAUCCCAGAGAAAGAGGUGGAGGUGAAGCCCCUCUGACAAUCUGGCCCUAAAUCUCCUUUUUUUUUUUUUUAUGGAGAACAUUGAACAAUAAGGUGACACUUAUUUUUAGGGAACAUCCUAUACUGCCCUGAAUAUUCUUGUUUUGAUUACCUCCAUUGAUUUGUGCUCCUCCCAGCACAUCACUGGAUCAGGAUCCUAGUUCGCAGCAGCUAAGAGAUUAAACAAGCCACUUUCCCCUCGGAAAUGUCCUAGACUACAGAAUAUAACCUCCUUGUGCCUUUUUCAUGAUGCUGUGUAUUGAACCUUUAUGUUUAAGGAAAAGAGAGAGCCAGGAAUGGAACCUAGAUCUCUUAAAUCCCUGGCCAGUGCCCCAUCCUCUGCACCACCCACCUCGUUAAAUGAAGUGCUCAAGGGUAUGACUAUACUGCAGUAAAACACCUGUGGCAGCUGACUCAGACUUGCAGGGCUUGUGCUGUAGGGCGGUAGAUGUUUGGGCUCAGACUGGAGCCUGGGCUCUGGAACCCUCCCCACCUCAUGGGGUCCCAGAGCUUGGGCUCCAGCCGGAUCCCGAACAGCUACAGUGCAGUUUUAUAGCCCUGCAUCCCAAGCCCCAGUCAGUUGAUGCAGGCCAGCUGCAGGUGUUUUAUUACAGGGCAGACAGGCAGAUUUUAGAGUCACUUAGGGUAUUUCUCUCUCAAAGGCACGAUAUUAAGCAGAAGCUGUGCUCUCCAUCUGAAUUUCCUUUAGUCUUUCAUGCAUGUAGUCUGCAUGGACUUUCUAUAUUUCUAUACCUCCACUUUUUUUACCAGCUUUGAUCACAUCUGAAUUCACACAGAAAAGUAGAGCCAGACUGUGAUUUACACUCCAUGUGAUUGUAUUGAUUUCAGUGGGUUUGUAAAUGGACAAUUUAAUCCAUUGCAUCAUUCACUGAGGAGAUAGCAUGUGUUCCCUGUAACUAACUGUUAAAACUCUCUUGUUCAGUUCUGUCAAUCAAUUUUUGUUUUCCAACUGGCCAGUACUCAAGGACUGUCAAUCAUGCUUUCUGGAAAAGAGAGCAGUUUCACUGCAUCUGUAUGUAUCCAAUGCAAAAAAUAAAAAUCACAUUGAUUGCAAAA